AAAGAGAUCAGAAGUAGGAUUUAGAGCUCUUCUCAAAGAGGGCAAAGUUGGACAUCCACUUUGAAAACCCCGUCGGCGGUGAACACGAUGCUGUCGCGAGCAGUCAAGGUUCGAAGUAGUGUACACGGAGUAAGCUCCGUGUGGAUCAUCGGAGUUGCGGACAACACGAGCUCCAUGGGCUGCGAAAGGAGCACCAUCGGAGGUGGGGGGGUCCCAUGAUUGGAAAAGCGGGGUUAUUGGGGAGCAGCACCUCACUACGGAAACUUGGCACCGGUGCGGCGGAGCGGCAUCACCGCUGCUGCAUCGUUGCAGAAUCACCGCAUAGCUGCGCAUGGAUUCCCCCUCUCGCCCACAUGAUCAGUUGCUUUUGCUCUCAGGGUGGGUGGGUGGGUUCACAUCAAGCGUUUUGGUAAAGGCUAAGGUAGUGACAGAGGCGAUGGAACAGGCUGCCGGUUGAUUGAUGCCACAAAAUCCAAAGUCUUAGCUGGGCCUACCUUAAUUUCUUCCCGGUCCCUGAGUGGCAACUCUUCUAGUAUUGGACGCCACUUUGUUGACGAGUUGAGCAGAGCCGCGACGGUUCUGCAGUUACUUGUUGAUACCGAGGCGAGUCGGUGGCGGACGGCGUGCGUCGACAGGCGCAUGCUUCAAGAAAGAAGCAGAGGCGCAUAGAAUCCCAUGGGAUUGGACCCAAUGACGCGUUGUGCAAGCGAAAGCCCCUGUCGGUUACGCGCUUUUGAAGCACGAUUCGGACACAGACUUCGUGAAAGAGGCUAUCCUACUCACUUUGACUGCAUUAUAUGAUGAUUUGUCGCCUUAGACAGGCUCCUCAUUUGUUGCACUGGGAGUUCGUGUGUGUUGGGUAGGGGAGGGGUUUGCUCCGCAACAGCUACGGGAGGCAAUCAGGGUUUCUGCGAUUUUCUCUGUGCGGGUUUAAGAAUCCUAAGAAGUUCAUUGUGAUUCUUACAUCCUGCAAGAAAUAACGGAGACAUAGCUACCUUUGAUCCUCGUCCAGGGGAUGCUAAGGCAUCUCCAAUUAGGGUAUCUAGGUUUUCGACGAGCCUCAAAAAGGAGGACAGCAUGGGUUCUGCGCAGGUAGAGCUCAUGUGCUCUUUCACACGGCCUGAGAGCUUUGUCGAGUCACAGAGCCUCCAGGAGCACCACCACUUGCUCCGGAAGACGCUCUCUCAGCCUGAGUCGAACGACAUAGCUGAGAUCGUGGGCAGCUUAUCCGAUUUCACAUUCACAUCGAUUCCGGUGGAGGAGGACGCGGAGGAGGAGCAGCAGGAGUGCAUGGCCCAGUGCGAGUGUUGUGGACUAACUGAAGAGUGCACUCAAGGAUACAUCGCUCGUACGAAAGAGACCUUCUGUGGUCGCCUGGUGUGUGGGCUCUGCGGCGAGGCUGUCAAGGAGGAACGAUUGCGCAUGGGGCCUGAGACGUCCAUGGACGACGCCGUUUGCGCCCACAUGAAGCUUUGUCUAAAGUACAACACGUUCACGCGGCAAGACCCCGCUGCGCAUUUGGCUCAGGCCAUGCGUCAGAUUUUGAGGAGGAGUGUUGAGAGUGGGGCGCCUCAAAGACCUAGGGGGCACCUUUGGCAGCGAGCUGGGAUUUCUCGCAGCAAAACAUUCAGCAGUGGAGAUAUACGCAAGAGUUUGCCAUGAAAGUCAUGAUUUCAAAAAAAAGAACAGAAAACAAAACAAAACAAAAUCAUAUAUCAAACCCCAGAUAUUUUUAGAGUAGGAGACGCCGGUCUAUUGAAAAUGGGCAUGAUGAAAGAAUCAUGAGAUUGUUCCAUCCGCUCCUCUUCAUUUUUCGUUUUUUUCUUUUGGAGGAUGCAGCUUUGUGCAACAACAAGCGCAGAGUGGGCUAUGUCGCACCACAGCAAGGGCAAUCCAAGCAGACCCAGCUGACAAAGCGGCUGUUUAGGAGAACAAUCAGUCAGGCAUUACGAGUGCCAUCACUUCAACCAAGUGAUGGAAUGCAUAUAACACACAACUUCUUCUGAGAACCAGUAACAGGUCCGAAUCAAGCUUUGAUUGGACUUGAGCUAUCAACUACCGGCGCAUGAAAUUCCUGUUGCAGCAAUCAUCUUCUGAGUCUGCAACAUCAGCAGCUGUAUGAGCUGCACCCAUCAACUCUCAAUCAAGGUCAUUUCUUUUCUCCAGGUUUGAAGUUAUUACUGAUCCAGUUUGCAGAAUUUCGGAGUUACACACUAUCAAUUUCAGCAACACAACUUCGCCAGGAAAGAGUCAUGGUUGGAUCUACAUAAGUAGCUCUGUGUGAGUCCUGUAGCCACUGUCCUUGCCUGUGUGGUUCGUUCAAGUGCUUGGAGGAGAGGAUUGAUCUUCCCUUUUUGCUUUACAUAUGUAAAUUAAUAGGCUUCUGGAUGCAUAUUGUGUUUAUGUUUCUUCGAAGAUGUUCGAAAUAGCAUUACAGAGAUCGUAGGUUGAAAUCGUAGGUAGAUUCCUUUAAAAGAGCCUGUAAAAUUGUAAACUUGUAGGAUGAGUCAUUUCUGUUGAACCUCUCUGGCUCUUUCUUGCUGGAGUCUUUUCUUGAUACAUACUUCUAUAUUCUAAACCUUGUAAUGUAUGUUCAGAUCUAGCCUUUUUAUUCUGAAA